AUAGUAUCAUAAUUCCAACUUUUAUAUUCUCCAACUGAUACAUUGUUGAAUCAUGUCUAACCCGUGGUGGAGCAACACCAUGGCUCUUCCCGGAGCCGACAACUCUUCCCCCAAGAAAAGUUUUUCCCUGAACAAUACCACAUCUACAGCAACUUCAAGUCAUAAAGAAGAGAGAGAAAAUAGCGAAGAGACCAAAGAAGGAGCUAUCGAAGUGGGCCCAACUCGUCGGUCCAGGGGUCGUCCAUUGGGCUCAAAGAACAAGCCCAAAUCCCAAGUAUUUGUAACUAGAGACGGCCCACAUGCACUUCGAAGCCACGUCAUUGAAGUAGCAAACGGAGCUGACAUAACAGAUUGCUUGAUCGAGUUCUCAAGAAGGCACCAAAGAGGUGUAUGCGUUCUCAGCGGAACCGGCGCCGUCAUAAACGUCCAUCUCCGACAACCGACAAUUCCCUCCACCGUGAUGGCACUUCAUGGCCGGUUCGAGAUCAUUUCACUCUCCGGUUCAUUUCUCCCCGGAACUUCUCUUCCGGGAUCCACAGGGCUUACAGUUUGCGUGGCGGGAAUUCAGGGACAAGUUAUGGGAGGUGCUGUUGUGGGACCCCUUGUUGCAUCUGGUACGGUUGUGAUAAUGGCGGCUACAUUUUCCAAUGCUAUGUAUGAAAGAUUACCGUUACCUAUUCAAGAAGAAGAUCGUCGAGAGGGAGCACCCUUUUGAUUCAUUCAUUCAAUGUUAUAUCAAUUUCAAAUUUAUUAAGUCAAAUAACUCAGUACUUUUCUUAUCAUAAUAAAAUUGAUUACAAUUCAA